GCUUAAUAUCAACUUUUAACUUCUAAAUUCAGGUUUGAUUUUUCUCGGAAAAAAACAUGUUUUAAGUCACCCGUGGAAAUGUGUUUUAAUAAUUUGAUUUAAAUGGCUUUAAAGCGGUACGUUUGCCCGCAUCACGACAAACUUAACAAUAUGUCUAAACCGAUAAAAGUUUAACAUUACUGUUUUGUUCUUGUGGACGAGGGCACGUGUUAAAAUGCUCUGUGCAGUUUGGUGUCUGUAUUUAGGGAAAUCCACGCGUCCGUGGAGGCGGCGCUUACAGGAGUUCAGUUCACUGAGGAACGGGAGACACUUGCAGUCAGCUUUGGACUCAACGGCAAACAGUUUGUCCGACUCCAUUUGUAACUUUUAUUACAUCUGGUUAAGUUUACGUAUCGUGUGUUAUUGUCGGAGUCGUUUUAUUCACUGAUUUUCAGUCCUGUCUGCCACAUGAAAACUGUUCAUCGACAAGAGACUGUACCUUUCAUACGGAGCUGCGUAGGGGAGCCAUCACAUUGGUUUUAAGGUUCCUUUGGACAAGGGCAGCCCUCUCAGAGAUGCAGAUCCAAAGCACAAACACUGAGGAGGACUUUCAAGCACCAGAUUAACAAACAAUACGAAACCAUCUCCUUGUAUUUGUCUACCUCUGUCUUCUUUAAACACCCAACGUCCAGUUUUAAAAGAAAAUGGCGUUUUUAAUGAAAAAGAAGAAGUUCAAGUUUCAGAUACACUUUACCCUGGAGGAGCUCACGGCUGUGCCCUUUGUCAACGGGAUGCUCUUCUGCAAAAUCAGAUUAUUGGAUGGUGGAGACUUUUCCAUUUCUUCAUCCAGACAAGAGGUACAGGAGAACUGCGUUCGCUGGCGAAAGAAGUUCUCAUUUGUGUGCAAGAUGAGUGCAAGUUCUACAACGGGGGUUUUGGACCCCUGCAUUUGCCGUGUGUCUGUUCGCAAGGAGCUUAAAGGUGGAAAAGCUUUUUCAAAGCUGGGCUUUGCAGACCUCAACUUGGCGGAGUUUGCUGGUUCAGGCUCCACUGUUCGAUGCUGUAUACUGGAAGGUUACGACACCAAGAACACUCGGCAAGACAACUCCAUACUCAAGGUUACUAUUGGCAUGACUCUUCUGUCUGGAGAUCCCUGCUUUAAAAUGCCUUUGAGUACAGCUAAGACCACUGCCAUAGCUGGCCAGGACCCCUCUCUGCAGCUGGACCGCAAGGGAGAGGGCACAGCUGAUCACUCUUUGCCAUCACUUGGCAGCACCGCUCGCCGGCCAAUCAAAAGCAGACAUUCCGUCCACAACUCGGGAGGCCAUCAGGAGGGAUUGGAGGAGAACCUAUCUAGUCCAGAAGAAUUGUUUCACACGGGACACUCUCGCAACUCCAGCUUUGCCAGCCAGCAGAGCAAAAUCUCAGGUGGGGCUCAGGGCAUGAUCAAAAGAACACCAGGCUACAGCACAGAGUACUCUCGCUCGUCCAGCCUGACGGAUCUCUCGCAGCAUCGCCGGAAUACCUCCACCAGCAGCAGUAACACAUCUGGAGGGACCACCACAGCUGCCGAGAGCCCUGUAGAACAGAAGAAAGAGCUAAAACCAGAGAAGCCCCCACGGCCCCCCCGUCCUGCUCUGCCCCCCAACAGACCCUCAAGAAGAAAGAAGGACUCUGUGGAAACUCAACCCACCUGGGUGGACGACACUCGUAUUGACGCUGAUGAUAUCGUGGAGAAGAUUGUGCAGAGUCAGAACUUCAGUGAUGUCAGCAACAAUGAAGACAGCAAUCUAACACUGUUUAUCAGUAGGGAUGGUACCACAGCCUUAAGUGGGAUCCAGCUGGUCAGCAGGGUGUCUGCCGGUGUUUUUGAACAAGUGGUCAUCGAGAGUCAUUAGAUCGCUGGAGGAACGAUGGGCACUCUUUCACAAAGCCACUGCCGUCCGUUUUUUUUGUUAAGACAGGAAGUGUAUCACUCUCCUCUUUUUAGGGUGAAUCUGUGUACUCGCACAUCACAAUGGUAUCACCCUAACCAUGCUACACAUUUUCAAAAUAAAUGGGUACUUCUAUAACAUUCAUAGAUCUAUGAUUAAGAAUUAAUCCUCAGAAAUGUUUUUCACCGGAUUCUGAGGAUAUCAACUACUUGAAAUGCCUUAAGAAGUGACACAUGAUGGCAGUCUAACACUGUGAAAUAAGAGGGCAGUCCAAAUUCAGUUUAACGUCACAUUAGAUCUUUAUAAGCCUUUCAGAUUUAUUUAUUUGCAUAUUUGCCUUUUAUCACUUCGUCAUAUUUCACACCUUAGUGAACGCAACAAACCACUUUACAUUGUUAUGAUAAUGUAGUUGGAUAAAGUUGGUAACCAGUCCAUUAUACCAAUACCAGCCUCUGUUAAAGUUAUGUACUGUAUGGCUGGCCGUACAAGUUCGUCAGAGGCGAGGAGAACAUUUUGGCUAUUCUUCUCACAAACUGUGUCUGCGAUGGUUACUUGUGUUCCGGCUGGUCUGGUUAACAUAAAAUCUAUAAAUAUCUCUCUCUCUCUUCAAAUCCCCAUUUGUUUCAAUCUUUGUUUCAGUAUUUUUCCUCUUCCACUAUUCAAAUCUUAAUGUGCUGCUGGUUUCAGCUGUGAAUGUUCAUGUGACUAUGAGUUUCGGCUCUGAUAGUUACUCAGUGUCUUCUUUAGACAAGAUGGCUGCACAACGAUACAGUCAAGCUAUUUAUGUGGUAUUUUCUUGGAAGAGCCUUGUCAGUAUCCAAAUGGUCCUGCAUUUUACACACAGAGAUUCAUUUUCUGGAAAAGUUUUAUCUUGUAGAAUACAAACGUGAAAAAUCCCAUUGUUUGUUGGGUUAGAUCAGAGGCCGUGACUCAUUGUCACAAGACUAAGUCCUUGGCAACUGCCUCUGUGUUUCUGGUCGGCACCUGGUGUGCAAUCGGAAACAAUAUACAAUAGCCAUGAAAGAGAAUGGAAACCCCCUUUCUGUGUUUCUUCUUUAUGUUUAUUGUUUGUUUCGCAUCAAGUUAGCUAGCCGUGAUCUGUAUCAUGGAGAAGUUCUCAGUUGAUCUGAGCAUUGAAAACUGACAUUGUGAGUUCAGCACAUCUUUGGUUGUGAGGAAAGUGCAAUAUGGGCCUGUUUUUAUUGUUGCACACGCUCAUUUUUACGAAUUCUUUCUAGGAAAUUUCCCCUUAAAACAUUUCACCUGUAGUGAGUUUAAAUGGCAUGUAUUAAAAUAAUAAUCACUGUUCACAAGUAGACUACAGUUGAGAGGGAAAGUUAAAUAUGUACUGUAAGUGUUUUAAGUCCAUUUGAAUGGACAUCAUUAAUGAUGAUGAUUAACCUUUUAUAUUGCGUCUGUGGCAUGAGCUGGCUGCUGUUCUGUUCUAACUCCUGGAAAUCUAAAGUAACACUAACUUUGAAAGGGCAAAAUAAAUUGUAGGUUGCAGCCUAGUGUUUCUUCAUAGCUAAUAUAAAGACACUGAACAAUGUAUGAAUUAAUUAUUUUCAUUGUUUACUCUUUGUGGUGUACUCCUGUUGUCCAUUCCGAUACAAAAAAAAACAUUAUUAGCAACAGUAACUCUGUCCUAGCAUUGUUUUCGAACCAGCUGGCUGGUUCAUUGGAAUCUUUACAGGAGUUUAAUAUCUAAUUCUAUAAUAUCUUAACAUUGUGAUCCCAUGAACAGCGGAAACGAUCAUCUGUGAUUCUUGUUUUCUUCUUAUUCUCUUACAAAGUCUUGUAAUGUUUAUGUUUUUGUAAUUGACUCUUACUGGUGAUCUUUCUUAUGCAGAUGAGUUUUCUUAUGCAGAUUAUAUUAUUUACUUUAAAGGGGUCAUAUGGCACAAAUACGUGUUUCUCUGUGCCUUUGGUGUGUUAUAAGUUGCCCAUGCAUGUAUAAGACAGGUACAAUUUUUUUAAUAUUAAAGUGUCGGAACAAAAGAAGCAUUCUAUCUCAAAGCAAAUCCUCACCCAGACCUGCCUGAAACUCCUCCCCCACAACCACACCCCCGCAAGUAAGGUGGGGUUUUUUGCCGUGUCAUAUGACCUCUUUAAGAUACUGUUGCAGGGCGUUGAUUGGGUUCUAUAUGCAGAUGUUUAUUAUAGCAAGGAUUAUUUUCCGUAUUCUGGAGCUUUUUUUAAGACCGUUCAGUCAAUACAAUUUCAUUGAAAUUUAUUUAAUUACAUCAUGUGAUUCUAUGAUGGUCAUGUUAUAUGAUUUUAUAUAUGCACUAUGUGGCCAUCCUGCAGCAAUUGCUCCAGAAUCAAGAAACAUUAGAAUAUACACAAAUAUAUGUAUACAAGUAUAAAUAACCUUCACUACAACAGCACUUAAAUACUAAAGACUUGUGUAACUCACACAUUUUCCAAGAUGUUGAUUAUUAUUUCUUUACUAUAGGGAUGAAAGCUAUGCACUUUCUAAAAUGACAUCCAUGUCGGUUACAACAAUACUGAUAAUAAAUUAUAUUCUGGAGAUUUCUUUACAAAAGCGUAGAACCUAUAUAAAUGAAUUUAUUUUUUCUGAUUUAGACAGAUAUCACACCUAAGCAAUGUGCUAUUGCCCCAAAGCUUUCAUGGUUAUGUUUGGUUUGCAUGGAGAUGAAUACUGUAUUUUCUAACAAUGGACUAUAUUUGUACACUCAAAUGUGAAUGUUUCUUUAAUCUAACUGUGAGGUGAUGUUAUAUGUAUUAUUUUGGGGGAAAUAAAGUUAAUGUUGGGUAUUUUA